CCAGCCUCCUCGCUCCUCCCCCAGCCCAAGGAGUUAUGCACUAUUUGAGCCUUCAGGAGAGUAGGGAAAGCCAGACACUAUAGAGACAGAGGGACAGGGCACUGUUACCGAGACAUACUCCCACUCCAUACCCACUGGUAAUACGCAGGGUGCUUGAGAUUCGGCGUGGACAUUUUUGUCAUUGACAGUACUGCAUCUAUCUUCAUUCUUCAGUUCAUGACUUGGGAAAGAUGGCUCUUGCAGUGUGUCGUGACCGCUGAAGAGUUUUCUCACUACUCCUUCAGUUAGUUGUUUUUAGGCGUUUUGUACAACUUCCAGGGGACUUCGGUUUAUUACUGCGUGACUUGUUGAGCUGCGUCUUCCACCGGACUAACGUCGCUCCGUCUUUGGACUGCUUCAGCCUGCGCGCACAAAUGUUGACCGAGCCGUGCGGAGCCAUGUCGAUGGGGUCAGAUGUCCGAGAUCUGACCCUCUUGCCUCCAGCGCCUCCUGUGCCGUCCCUAGUGGGUGCUGGUGGUGGCUGCGGGAUGUCCGUUGGCGGUGGCCAGUGGACCCAGUUGCUGGACCUCCACCCUGGCACUCCCUACAGCUCCCUGCCCUCCCACCACUCCCUCAUCAAGCAGGAACCAGGUUGGGGGACCACUGAUCCAAUAGAGGACCCUCACUGCGGACUCGGGGCCUUCACUGUGCACUUCUCGGGCCAGUUCACAGGCUCGGGCCCCUGCCGAGUAGGCGCCUUUGGAGAGCCAACUGCAGGUCAGCCGCUGAUGUUUCCUAAUGGAACCUACCUGCCCGGCUGUAUGGACAGUCCUCCCGCACCCAGGAACCAGGGCUACGGAGCAGUGGGUUUAGACAACAACCCCAGUUAUGGCCACACUCCGUCUCACCACACCCCUCAGCUCUCCAGCCUGUCCUUCAAACACGAGGACACUUUGUCACCGCCGAACAACAUAGUUGACCAGCAGUACACUGCUCCUCCUCCCAUGUUUGGUUGCCACAAUCCAUCAGAAUCCUGUCCGAGCAGCCAAGCUCUGCUGCUGAGGAACUACAACAGUGAUAACCUGUACCAGAGGGCCCAGCUCGACUGUGUAACAUGGAACCAAAUGAACAACCUGGCAUCUUCCAUUAAGAGUGGUCAUCCACCCAGCUACGACAGUGAGCCCACAGGCCCUCCUCCACCCAUGCUCGUCAAAGCCCAGUACCACAUACACACACAUGGUGUCUUCAGAGGACUUCAGGAUGUUCGACGCGUAGCUGGUAUCGCUCCACCAGUCGCGAGGCCAUCGUCAGAGGCCAACGAAAAGCGUCCGUUUGUAUGUUCUUAUCCUGGCUGCAGCAAGAGAUACUUCAAACUGUCGCAUCUUCAGAUGCACGGCCGCAAACACACAGGGGAGAAGCCGUACCAGUGUGAUUUCACCGACUGCGGCCGCAGAUUCUCUCGUUCCGACCAGUUAAAGAGGCACCAGCGCAGACACACAGGAGUGAAGCCCUUUCAGUGUGAGACCUGUCAGAGAAAGUUUUCACGGUCAGAUCAUCUUAAGACGCACACUCGGACUCAUACAGGUGAGAAGCCAUUCACCUGCCGCUGGUCCAACUGUCAGAAGAAGUUUGCCCGCUCUGACGAGCUGGUGCGCCACCACAGCAUGCACCAGAGGAACCUGACCAAGCUGCAGCCGGCCAUCUGAACGGUGGGAGGGGGACGAGGAGGACGAGGUAGGACGAGGAGGACGGUGACAUUAUGUCCUGCCAGCAAGUGGAGAAGGACGCUGGAGCCUGGUCAGUGGUUCGGGGGGGCGUUGCCAAACUCACUGAAGUGGUGAGCCCAGCUGAUGCCUCCCUCUGCCAGCCGACGUCAAGAGAUUUUAAUGAUUCCCAGAUCUUCUUGACGCACCUCAACUAGAACUAUUUCUGGUUUAUUUGACUUAAAAAAAAAACUCACACUGAGAGGGUACAAUGCCACAGUGAUCCUGAGCCAAGAAGAAGAUGUUUUAAUGUGUGAUAAGGAAAAUGUUGAUACACGAUUGGAUAUUUUAGUACACUUGCACUGGCUUCUUUUUUAUUCUUAAAAUUGUGUCACCUUAGAAAUGUGCUGGACAAUGUAAACUGGAUUUAGGAAAUAUGCAAUGUGACUUUUUUUCUCUAUUAAGCUUUUGGAAUGUGAAAAUCUUUAUAUUCUCAUAGUAUAUAUACUCUUUACAUUGCUUUGUGUGUUUGCUUACAUUUAUAGACGUUCCUUUUGUAUUUGUAUUGUAUUGUUUUUUUCUAAGUUUAUAAAAUGUUGAUUCACAUCGUUGUGAUUUAAGA